GCCACUUCUGUCUAAGGAAGCGUAAGGCAUCAUGGUGAGUAAGGAGCCCAGCAAAUGCUUACUCACCGCCUCGGAAAGCGAAGUCGAGCCCGCAGCUUCGCUGGCGCUGGAGAUGAAAUACGCGCUGGAUCCCAACCGGCAGAUUAAGAAGCGCAACAAGGCCCUGCAGGUGAGGUUCAAGGACAUCUGCGAGGCCCAGAAUGAGCAGAGGGACAAGCAGCUGUCCACCACGCAGGAUCCUGACAAGAGGGAAGCCAAGGCCCUCUCCUACAAAACGGCGUAUCGCAAGUACAUGACAGUGCCUGCCCGGAGGUCCAUACCCAACGUCACCAAGAGCACAGGAGUUCAGACUUCCCCCGAUCUUAAAAAGUGUUACCAGACUUUUCCUCUGGACCGGAAAAAAGGGAAUAUGCUCAAAAGCGCCUCGACCGGCGACACCUGCAAGAGUCAAAACAACGGGUUUCUCAUUGACGUCAAGGACAAAGACGGCAGAAGCUCAGGGGAGGCCAUCCAGUGGAGCAGGAAGGCCAGCAGCCUGCAGACGGCCGAGUUCAUCUCCCACAUCCACGAGCGCCCCAACACGGGAUCUCGGGACAACGGGGCCGAGGCCUGGCCAGGCAGCGAUUUGCACAGCCCUCCCCAAGAGCCUCCUCUUCCUCUCCCAAACUCAGCCGACCCCGCUUCCGAGGAGGCGGCGGCCCGGCUGCCCGGCCGCGGGAAACCGGCGUCAGGGCGGCCGGGGAGCGAGGAGGCCACGCAGCCCCUCCACGGGAGGGUUUUCAAGACUGAAGUGGCCUCCGUUUAUUUACCAGCGGCCGCUCCAAACGCCUCGCAGCCCGACCUGCCAAACCUGGCGGCCGAGAGCGACUGGCCACCGUGCCCGGCGGCCGGGGAGGACAAAAAGAGGACGGUGCAGCUGAACGGCGUCCAGCCGCAGGCGGGAGACGCUGGUGCCUGCUCACUGCGGGCGCAGUGCCAAGCCGCCGAGUGUAGCCAACAGACCCUGCAGAUCAACGUCGCGCCCAUGGAGGAGAACCAGCCCUGCCAGACGGCCGUGGCGGCCGGCGAGGAAUGCCAACAAAUCGUGCCUCACACCGAAGUUGUGGACUUGAAAGCCCAGCUUCAGAUGAUGGAAAGUUUGAUCAGCUCUAGUCAGGAAACCAUAAAGGUGUUGUUGGGUGUCAUACAGGAGCUAGAGAAAGGAGAAGCUCACAGAGAAGGGCUUUCAUAUCGGACCGGUCAAGACACGGCUAAUUGCGACACGUGCAGGAACAGUGCAUGUAUUAUCUAUAGUGUGGAAUUGGAUUUUAAACAGCAAGAAGAUAAACUACAGCCAGUUUUGAGAAAACUUCAUCCUAUUGAGGAAACUCAGGUUGCACCUUUGCCUUAUUCUCAGGAGAGCUACUCCUCCACUCCCAAGCAAAAAUCCAAAACUGAAUCAAAAAAGCAUGGAAGAUGGAAACUCUGGUUCCUUUAACCCAAGUCCAUUACAUGUGGAGUUCAAGGCCUUCUUUGAAAAAAACAUUUGGGAUUCUAUCAAUCAUCUCUGACAGGAUCUUGGCAGACUGAGCAGUGUGAGGGGUCAAGGCAUCACUGAGCACUCUGGCAGCAUUCACUUCUCACCCUAUGUACCAAAAAGGCCUUCGUACCUAGGAACUGAGGUCCAGAAGCAAGGAGUUAGGUAACACCUUGCCAGCUUUUAUUUGCAGUUCACCAAUGUGGGAUGUAAAACCUGAAUUGAAAUUUGUACCAAGACAGUAAAACUAUUCCCCCUCCCCUUUCAGAUUGGGAAGUGUCACAUUCUAACCAAUUGCAGGCUGUCAUCCUGUACACAGCUCAAUGUCACUGUUGGGUUAAAGCCUUCUGGGGGUUUGGUUUAUUGUCUUGAAACAACGAGGGGGGGGGGGAAAUAACAAGCAAGCCUUAUGUUUGCAAUGGUCUUCAGUUUUAC